UUCUGCAGGAGGGUGGGGUCAGUGCGUCAGGCUCGUCAGCCGCUAGGUGUGUGGAGCCCCGCGGGGCCGCCCUUCCCCCUGCCGCCCGCUAGAUGGCGCCUCUCACGCGCCGCGGCAGCUCUCUGGUUCCUGGCGCCCGGCUGUGCCGGGCGGGCGCGCUCCAGCGGGGGCGGGUUGGCGGCGGCAGAGGCACCAUCCCGAGGCCGCUGGCUUGAGUUCCUGCUGCAGAGGGAGGCGGGGAGCCAGACGCGCCGCUCCCCUCCCCUCCGCGCGCGGGCGGUGGCCGCUGCCAGGAUGCCUCGGGAGCGCGGCGGCGGCUGGCUGCUCCCCGCGCUGCUGCUCCUGCCGCCGAUCUGCGCGCCGGCUUUGGCUGUAAGUGUAGCUGCUGAAGAUGCAAAGGAUCAGAUUGAGCGACUGGUAUCACAGGAGUCUGAAAAAAGUGGAAAAUCAAAUAAAAUAAACAUAGAAUUACAAGAAAUUGUAUUUGUCAUCCAGAGUCAAAGUAACUCUUUUCAUUCAAAAAGAGCAGAAGAUUUAGUGCGCAAUAUUUUAAAACAGGCUGAAGAGCUUGGAAAGGAAUUACCUAGAGUUCUGCUUAUUCAUCAGAUGGACAGACAUGAUGGUGCAUGGACCAUACUACCAUUAAUGCACGACUUCUCUGCUUCCUAUGGUAGAAACUCCUCAUGGAUUUUCUUCUGUGAAGAAGAUACAAGAAUACAAAUUGUUAAGCUGCUGGAAACACUUAGAAGAUUUGACAAGUCCAAGGAAUGGUUCUUAGGAAAAGCAUUGUAUGAUGAAGAAUCUACAAUAAUACAUCAUUAUGCCUUUGCUGAAAAUCCUACAAUCUUUAAAUUUCCAGAUUUUGCUGCUGGCUGGGCACUUAGCAUUCCGCUUGUAAACAAGCUUGCAAACAAGCUGAAAAGUGAACCACUUAAGUCAGACUUUACAAUAGAUUUAAAACAUGAGAUUGCAUUAUAUAUUUGGCAGAAAGGCAAUGGUCCACAUCUUACUCCAGUGCCUGAGUUUUGUACGGAUGACUUGAACGCAUAUAAGGCUGUUAACUGUGCCACAAUGUUCAGUAACUUCCUACCGGUUUGCGGAGACCCAGUGAAGAAAGAGGAUAUCUUUGUUGCUGUAAAAACAUGCCGAAAAUUUCACAGGGACAGAAUACCGAUUGUAAAGCAGACCUGGGAAGGUGAGGCUGCCGUUGUUGAAUAUUAUAGUGAUUAUGCAGAGACCUCCAUUCCUACUAUAGAUUUAGGAGUACCUAAUACUGAAAGAGGUCAUUGUGGGAAGACUUUUGCCAUUUUGGAAAGAUUUUUGAAUCACAGCUCUUCCAAAACACCAUGGUUAGUCAUUGUGGAUGAUGACACCUUAAUAAGUAUCUUUAGGCUCCGGAAAUUACUCAGCUGCUAUGACCCAAAUGAACCAGUGUUUCUUGGAGAGCGUUAUGGCUACGGAUUGGGAACAGGAGGAUAUAGUUAUAUCACUGGCGGAGGAGGGAUGGUUUUCAGCAGAGAAGCAAUCCAAAAACUACUUGCUAGUAAAUGCCAGUGUUACAGCAAUGAUGCUCCAGACGAUAUGGUCCUUGGAAUGUGUUUCAGUGGUUUAGGAAUCCCCAUAACACAUUGUCCACUUUUCCAUCAGGCAAGACCAAUGGACUAUCCAAAGGACUACCUUGCUCACCAAAUUCCAAUAUCAUUUCACAAGCAUUGGAACAUUGAUCCCGUGAAGGUGUAUUUCACAUGGCUGGCACCAAAGAUGGAAGAUUCAUUUACUGAAAAGAAACAGAGACGUAUUAGGGAAGAUUUAUAAUAUAUAAAAUAUUUUAAAUCUCAAUAAUGUACUGCAGAUUAGUGAGAGACAGGCUGUACUGUAGUUUUGGUGUUGUGUUGUACUACUUGUCUGCCAUAUUGCAUAGAACCCUAAAUGUUUCAAUCCAUUACGUGUUACACUUGCUAGAAAAGGAAGAGGGAACCAGCUUGAGAGUGUGUGUGUGUGUGUGUGUGUGUGUGUGUGUGUGUGUGUGUGUGGUUUGAGGAUUUAUUGUUGGAAAUACCUUGAGUUUUGAAUCUUGUGACCAUUGUAUUUAACAUUUUAAACGUUGUAUACAGUAUUUGUGUGUGUUCCCUUUUGGAAUUCUCUAUCAAACACCAGCAAUUCACAUUUCUCUUUUCUUCACUGUUUAAUAGUGGCCUAAGUUCUAUAUUUAGGGGCCUAAUUCUAAAAGGUACUGAAUACCUACACUUCCCAAUGACUUCAGAGGAACUUCUGGGUUCUUGAAAUCAGUCAGAAUCAGGCCUUAGGUAAUGAAAGGGUAGGGAGGUGUGACUGUUCUAACAAACAGUGGUCUGGAAGGAAAAUAUCAUGUACUGUGCUUUGUAUAGUUUCUAAAUAGAGAUGUUGCGGAUGCAUGGGACAGAUCCAAAGGAAGGUCUGGGAUUCUUAAACUGAUUACAAGAUGUUGCCAUGAUUCAUUAAAAAAAACCUAGGUGACAGUUUCUAUCUUUGGCAAAUAUAAAUGUUUGUCUCUUAAGGAAUUUUGAAAAUCUAAUGUUUAGAUAUUUAUAAUGUGCAUAUCACCAUAGUGUCUAAGUGCCAAGCUAAAAAUUAGUUUGUAACAUCCACAAUUUAUAUCAUCUGCAGUAUACAUAGUAAAAAAAUACAACUAAGUAAUAUAAUGCAUAUAAUAUUAACAUGUAAAGAGUGCUGCAUAUUUGACUUUGUUUGUUUUCUAUGUAUAAUUCAGUUUUGUAAAGAUAUUUGAAUAAAAUCUGGCUUUAGUAUGUUCUAAACUAAUUUUUAUACAGUAAAGGAUUUUUUCCUUUUAAGACAACAGCAUAUCGUGUAUAUAUGCUGUUAUCUAACUUUGCUUGCUAUGUUGUAACCAAAUGCAGGGUCUUAAAGCCAUAUUACUGAAAUUGUUUAUUUGUACACAUCUUACAAUAUUUUCUGUAGUUCAGCACUUGUUUCAGUUCCAAAGUAAUGCAAUACUUACUCCAAGUCUAAAUGGGGAAGUAAUUCGGUAAUCACUGAGAAGUAUGCACCUUUUGUGAACGUAGCUUGUGGAUUUUUAAGCAUUUGAACAGUGCUCACAUUCAUAGUGGUUUAAAAGAAUGUUGAUAUAGGUGUAACCAACAUAAUGUAACUUUUUCUUACCAAUAUCAGUGCCUUGAACAGUAGACAUUUCUACUGAUACCAGAGCUACAUUCUUUGGUACCGUGGAUGUAUUGUUAAUUAGGUUUACUGUUUAGAACUGCGUGAGCCUAAAACUGAAUAAAAACAUACUUGUUUAGAUUUUUGAGUGCAUUGUUCCCAUCCUUCUUCAAAGACCAAAUACACUUUGGAAUGUUUAAACUCAUUUAUCCAGUGCUCCUUGUGGUAAAUACACCACAGGAUAUUAUAAAGUUAACAAAACAGAGGUCAGUAGCACCAAAAGAAAAAGAGUUCAAACAGUGUUAUUCUUUCUGGUUCCUGACCUCUUUCUCCAGUCCAUGCUGGUUGGCUGUGUCUCUUUCUGUGCAAAUGGUAA